AUCUAGAAAACUACAACUCCCGAGACCCCCCGCGGCGGAAGCGGAAGUGGCGGUCUCCAUGGAGAUGAGCGUGGCGUGAUAACUGUACUCGGUAGUUGUGACAGUGAGGUCAGAGUUCAGCGGACGGUGGAAAAAUCAUCCCGUAGAUCGGGCGGAGGUAGAAGAGUCAGUGUCUCGGUGUAUUUCGGAGGAGGGAUCAGAGCGGCGAUAUGUGUGAAGGAGCCUCCAGGAUCUCUGGUCCUAUCCCCCCAGAUCCCACUCUCUUCCCAGACUGCUACAGGCGACCCGAGACGGCCCGGGGGAGGCUGGAAGGCACCCAACUCAAGCUGGAUUUCCUAUCUGGCCCCCUGGCUCCAGACCCCACCUUGUACCCAAAAUGUUACACUGCCCGGCCUGCCCAACCUGCACCCAGAAUCCGCCCCAACGCCCGGGAAAUCCUGGAUCGGGGCCAGAGUGGAAACGUGGGGGUCCUGCUAAGACUGGAGGGCAUCUCCCUGCAUGGCCAGCAGCAGUCCUCGCCUCCCCGGAAAAGCAAGGACCACGGUAAGGAGAACGUACGCAGGAUGAAGGAGAUCCAGAAGCGCUUCCGGGAGAAGGAGAUCGACCGGGAACAGGGGGCACCCAAACCGGUCAAAGCUCUCUGGAAGUCCAAUAAAUAUGAGAACGUUGAGUCCAAGGUGAAAGCUAAGCUUCAAGAGCCUCUACCGCCGCCACCUCUCAACAGCGGUCCCGCCAGCUUCCUCAAAUCCCAUUCCCGCUGUGGUUCUGGGUUACCGCCCAAGAGACCUAGCUCACCAGGACCUAGCCGGCCUCCCAGUCCCAGGGACGCUAUGGAAGUGCAUGGCUCCAGCAUUGACUUUGUGGCCCACAAUGCUAGGAGCGCUAAGAAGGUGCAGAUCAGGCGCUCCCGGUCCAUGCAAUCCUUAAAUGAAGUGCUGGAGGACAAACAUCGGCAGCAGAGUGAGUACGACUUCAAGCAGAAGGGGCACGUUCCCCAGUAUCUUCUGGAUCUGAAGGAGCAGUGGCGUAAAGACAAGGAGGAGAUGAAGAAGCAGACCCCUGAUCCUUCUAUGCCCCCUGGUCACACCAAGAUGCCAGAGCAAGAAAGGCUGGAGACCCUCAAUAAACUGAAGGAGACUCAGGCCCAGCUGACCAAAGAGCUGCUGAUGCUCCCAGUCCGGGCAGAUACCUUCAGCAUCCAGAACCGGCGCACAGAGCUGGACAAAAAACUUUCCGAACUUGAGGAGGCCAUCAAAAUAUUUUCCCGUUCUAAGGUUUUUAUCAAGAUUGACGCCUAAAAGAAACCUGUCAUGAGAGGAAUAUGUCAUGGCUGGUCUAUCCUUCUGAGAAUGCUAAUUGCCUGGCUGUUUUGCUUGUGAUUUGGCUUUAAUAUGUUGUAUCACUGACCUGAAAGAAGUAUAUUCUGAAUUUAUAUAGUGCUUUGUACUAUUGGGACAGCCAUCUUUAGCAUGCUCACCACAACGCCAUGCUAUGGCCAGUUUUGGACAGAUGAACAGGAUCAAUGAACUUUCCAGCAUGUCUUUUUGGAGUGCGGGACAAAACUCAAGCAAGCACUGAUAGAACAUGCAAACUCAAUGCAGAGAGUGUCCUGGUUGGCAUUCAAACCAAGAACCCCAGUGCUGCAAGGCAAAAGCGCUGUCUCCUAAGGCUGGGUUCACACUGCUGACAGAUGCGGCUUGCAGCAGGGGAUCCAGUGCGUCCCUGUUCUCCAUUUCAGAGUAAAAUUUUGGCCUGAAUUCGACCCUGAAAUGGAGUCAAAGAAGCACAGGACUCCUUUGCGAGCCACUCCACAGGCACCCCAGAGAUAUGUGAACCAGCUUCACAGAGAGUCGGUCACAAUCUCCCAUCAAGCGAAUUAGAUGCGGAAAAAACCCACAUCCAAUUCGCACUAGUGUGAACCCAGCCUGAGUCACUGAGAUCAGGAUUCUGACUUGCAUUUGUUUCAUGCUUGUUUUGGGGCUGUUAAAGCCAGACAAAAAAACAGACGACUGGCAUUUUCAGAAGGUCGCCAGCUCCAUAUUCCUUUUCUGCCUGUGUUAAUGUAAACCGCCAAGACUGCUGUUAUCAGACGCCUGACAUUGUGUCACAAUCAGAUGACUGUCAGACUGUGAGCACAGCACCUCACUCUAAAUGACCUUGUAAGCUGCACCAGAUUUUGCAUUCUCCACUUUUAGUAAAUCAACCCCACAGCGCAGUCCAUGGCACUAAUAAAGCUGCAAGAAGAAAAUGCCGGGGUCAGAACUGUGCCACUACAGCGGCAUAGAUCACUGUACAUGGAAUGCAUGCAUUUACCUACACCAAAAAUGCAUAAAAAUGAACAGGACUUUAGGCUGGAUUCACACCUAUGCAUUGUUAGUGCUUU